AUGUCCCUGGGAUACAGAUGCAAUGCCUGCACAGAUGUCGUGAAAAAGCCCAAGCUUGACCAACACCGCGCGCGAUGCGGUGCUGCUUUCGAUUGCAUUGACUGUUCAAAAACAUUCAACACUCCUGCCGAGUACAAGUCUCAUACUUCGUGCAUCAGCGAGGCCGAGAAAUACCAAAAGAGCGUGUAUAAAGGACCGAAGACUGGUGCUGCUGCCUCUUCUCAGCCGGCGAAGGCUGUUCAAAAGUCUCAAGAGGCCUCCGCACAACCAAAGGAAGAAGAGAAAAACGCACGCGCGUCCAACGCGCAGUGGUUCCAUCCUCCCGGCGGCGCCUCCUCUAACUCCAAUGGCUACAACGGUGGAGGUCGUGGUGGUGGACGGGGAGGGUAUGGAGGACGUGGGGGACGUGGGGGAGGGUAUAAUUCGUGGGGGCCGAGGACGAAUGCAUCAGGUGCGAAUGAUACGCCUCUUGGUGCCAAUUCGCGGAACAUGCCUACUCCCCCGCCUGCCCCCACUGCUGCUUCCACUGAGGAAACCACUGAGGCGAAGAAGGAUAAAAAGAGGAAGUCGAUGGAUUCUGAGGAUACUCCCGCUGUAUCUACCAAAAAAGCAAAGAAGGAGGACAAGCCUUCAGAGCCCGACGCUGGGUCUUCGAAAGAGGAUUCCAAGAAAGAGAAAAAAUCCAAGAAGGACAAAAAGAACAAGGAUGCGUCAGAAGCUGUCGUAACUGUAGAAGCGGAGAAGGAGAAGGAGGAAGUGAAAGAGAAGAAAGAUAAGAAGGAGAAGAAGGAGAAACGCAAAUCAGACGAAUCUUCUCCUCCUGCAGAGUCCAGCAAGGAAGAAAAAUCGGAAAAGAAGGAAAAGGAGAAGAGCAGCAAGAAGGAGAAAAAGAACAAAUCAAAAUCGCCUACGGAACCCUCCAUGGACGUAGACACGGCAGCUUCUACUGUUGUGGAGUCGAAGGAGGAACAAUCAGAAAAGAAGGCUAAGGGGAAGAGCAGCAAGAAGGAGAAAAAAGACAAAUCUAAAUCGCCCUCGGAACCCGCUAUGGAUGUUGAUGCGACUCCUGCCACUGAGGCCACCGAAGAGAAGGAGAAGAAAAAGAAAAGUAAAAAGGAGAAGAAGGAAAAGGCUUCCUCUGACUCGAUGGAUGUGGAUUGCCCGCCAGUGAUAGAGGUUUCGGAGAAAAAGAAGGAGAAAAAACAGAAAAAGGAUAAAUCAUUGAAGGCGUUGCCUGCUGUUGUCACUGUUUCAUGA